CAAUUUUAGUUUGAAACGAAAUAUCUGAUCCAAAAUCGAAAAUGAAACACAAAAACAAAAACAAAAAGCAUUUUGCUCUGCGAGAUUAAUUUACAUAGGAUUAGAAUGAGAUCACUUACUAGUUUUAAUGGAUGAUUAAUAGUUGAUAAUGUAUACUAUUCUCUCUUCUGCCGCAUCAUCAAGCGGGGUAAUGCAUGACUCACAUGGCGAAUAGGUUGGAACAUCACCAGAUCAUACAAAGUAUGCACUAGAAGUUCAAAAAACGAAAAAGUGUUCUUAUGUUCAAGGAAAUCAAAACUAGUAGAAAAAGUUGAAGCAUGGAUCAAAUAGGAGGAGGAGGACAUCAUGCAUAUUCUCCCAUCCUGAAAUACAACCUUCAGUGUAUCGUUGGAGCCUUUCUUGUAGCAUGUGUGCUUGUUGCUUAUCACAUGACUUCAGAUAUUGAAGAAGUUCUGAUAGAACAAAAAUUGCACCCACUUAAACGAAAUGUGUCAUCAAUCCCAAAAUGCAAUUUUUUCUCAGGCAAAUGGAUCUAUGACAAUAUUUCAUAUCCAUUAUAUAGAGAAAAAGAGUGUACUUUCCUAGUGGAUGAUUUUGCUUGUCAAAAGUUUGGGAGGAAGGACAUUUUGUAUCAACAUUGGAUUUGGAAACCAAAAGAUUGUGAUCUCCCAAGGUCCCUUUCCUUUUUCAAAUAACAAUUACUCCCUCGAUUACUAAUUGUUGGCGGCUUGGCACUGGAUUGGGGGUGUUUAGAAAAUUGUGUUUCAGUAAACAAUUGAUGGUUUGACCUAUUUUAGCGUUUUGAAUAAGUGAAAAUGUUGUUUAAUAAAUAGUUGUUCCGUUAGUCAAACCCGCUGACUGAUUCCUCUAUCGACAACUUAUUAGCAUAAACCGCUAUUCGCUAGCCCCUGUUCGCUAAAUGUCGAACACGCCCAUUAUACAAGUCCAAACUAAAAGUUUGGAUUACUUAAUGACACUGGUUUACCGGAGCCAAUACUUAAAUUCGGAGAAGGUGGUAUGAGAAGCCAAGGUCAAAAUAAAUACUCUCUAAUACAAUGUCAUGAAUGUGUGUGUCAUCUACAUAAAAAAAAGGACCUUAUUUUCCUUAUUUAAAAAAAUAGAAUAAAAUAUUGUUUCGUCUCUUUGUUUACUAUCCAAAUGAAUAUUAAGAUCAUUUAAAAAGAUAAAAAUAUACUCCGUAUAAGUUUGGGUAGUCAACCCAAUGGAGAUGAUUCGAUUUGAUAACAGACUCAACAAUCAAACAAGAUUCAUUUUGAUUUUAGUAUGUUUCAGGUUAAAAAUUGUCUUUGUACAUACUUUCAAAUCGCCAGACCCAGUUCUUGUGGUUUGAUCAACAUGGUCAAACCGAGGUUCAAUAUACUGGUCAUAACAAUAAUUGAGAGGCCAAAAUCAUCAUUUUCUCUUCAUUUCAUCAAUCUUGUUUUGUAGGACUUUUGACAUUCAAUAUAAUUUAUGUGGUGAAAUUGUCAAAGGUUUAAUGCGACUACACUGCUGGAAAAGCUGAGAGGGAAGAGGCUUGUAUUUGUGGGAGAUUCUCUUAACAAGAACCAAUGGAUGUCAAUGGUGUGCCUACUCGAACCCUCUUUAGCUCCUUCUCUUAAAAUUUCCAUUUGGAAGGGCAAUUUGAUAACUUUUGAAGCCAAGGAAUACAAUGCAACAAUAGACUUCUAUUGGUCUCCAUUGUUAGUAGAGUCCAACUGCGAUGAUCC